AUGAGUGAAACUGCUGGAUCUAAAUUCCAAGGACUCGGUAAAAAAAUUAUCCAUAAAUUCACCACAAAGGAUGGCUUACUAGGUGAUUAUGAUUACGCCUAUUUGUUUACUCCCAAAAUCCCUUUCAUGAAAGGUGAAGCAAAAAUUCAACCAUUUUUCAGUCUAGAUUCUCAUAUGCCUGUUAUUUUAGCCUUGAUCUUGGGUUUACAACACGCUUUGUCCAUGUUGGCUGGUGUUGUUACUCCUCCUUUAAUUAUUAGUGGUGUCGCAAAUUUACCUGAAGAUGUCUCCCAGUAUUUAGUCUCCAGUGCUCUUAUCAUUUCCGGUAUUUUAUCCUCAAUUCAAAUCACAAGAUUCCACAUUUACAAAACUCCUUACUAUGUUGGUACUGGUUUAUUAUCAGUUGUUGGUACUUCUUUCGCUACAAUCACCAUUGUCUCAAAAGCCAUCCCAAUGAUGUAUGCAAAUGGUGAAUGUCCUGUUGAUGCCGAAGGAAACAGUUUGCCUUGUCCUGAUGGUUAUGGUGCUAUUCUUGGUACUGCAAUUGUCUGUUCAUUGCUUGAAAUUGCCCUAUCUUUCAUGCCCGCAAAAAUCCUACAAAAAGUUUUCCCUCCAAUCGUCACUGGUCCUGUUGUCUUAUUAAUUGGUUUGUCCUUAAUCGAAUCAGGUUUCAAAAACUGGAUCGGUGGUAGUUCCUGUGUCGACAGUAUUUGUCCUUCGGAAUCUGCUCCUCAUCCUUUGCCUUAUGGUUCUGCUGAAUUUGUUGGUUUGGGUUUCCUUGUUUACGUUACCAUCAUCAUCUGUGAAAAAUGGGGUUCUCCAAUCAUGAGAUCUUGUGCUGUCAUUUGCGGUUUAUUAGUCGGUUGUAUCGUCGCUGCUGCCUGCAACUAUUUCGACAGAUCUGGUAUCGAUGCUGCUCCAGUUGCCACUUUCAUCUGGGUUCACACCUUCAAAUUAACUAUUUAUGGUCCUGCUGUCUUGCCAAUGUUAGCUGUUUUCAUUGUUUUAAUGAUGGAAGCUAUUGGUGAUAUCACUGCAACCUCUGAUGUUUCUAGAUUAGAAGUCGAAGGUAAAUUGUACGAAUCAAGAAUUCAAGGUGGUGUCUUAGCUGAUGGUCUUAAUGGUAUGCUUGCUGGUUUAAUGACCAUGACCCCGGUUUCAACUUUUGCUCAAAACAAUGGUGUUAUUUCAAUUACAAAAUGUGCCAACAGAACCGCCGGUUACUGUUGUUGUUUCUUUUUAAUCGUCAUGGGUAUUUUCUCCAAAUUCGCUGCUGCUUUAGUCGCCAUUCCAAAAGCUGUUUUAGGUGGUAUGACAACUUUCCUUUUCACUUCUGUUGCUGUUUCUGGUUUCUGUAUUAUCGCCACUUGCCCAUUAUCCAGAAGAGACAGAUUCGUUUUAACCUGUUCCUUAGCUUUGGGUUUUGGUGCUACUUUGGUUGACACAUGGUUCUCUGGCGUCUUUACCUACUCCGGUGACAACAGAGGUUUAUCUGGUUUUCUUGAUGCCAUUCAAUUACUCUGCGAAACUGGUUAUGCCAUUUCUGGUAUUGUUGGUGUUGUAUUAAACUUAUUCAUUCCUCAAGAAAUUGAUGAUUCUGACCACAUUUCUGAAUUAGAAUUUGUUUUAUCUCACAACUCUUCUUCUCCAACUGAUUCUGCUGGUCCAGUUGAAGAAACAAAAAAAUCAGUUGAAGAGAAAUAA